AUGGCAAUCAAAUUACCGAAAAACGUGAGCGAAAAUAAGUAUAGCAUAAAGAAAUCUUGUCGUUAUGAUCUUGAGUCGUUUUUUUAUGUUUUUCUCGUGGGAUGCCUGCGAUAUGGUCGUCCAAGCUCAGAGCCAGCGAAUUUGAACGGCUGGUAUACAGACGAUCUAUUAACGAACUAUAACACGAAGAGAAUAGAUAUUACUGUGGGCUUCGAGAAAAAUAUCAUAGAUCAUUUUUCGCCAAGUUUUGACGCAGUCAAGGAUUUGGCAAGGGAUUUUCGCAAGAUAUUGUUUGGAAGUAAUCUAGAUCAGUUUAUUUCAAGGCCUAACUCUGUAGAACUUUACGAUCCAAUUAUUCAUGCAUUUAAAAACAUUAUAACACAAAUUGACGAGCGCCAUAUCAAAAACGAGAAUUAG